CUUUGUCGUUGACGUGCUUUUAGAGAUGACACUUUUCUCGGCUAAAUUUCCAGGGGUUGAACUUCUACCGGGAGAUUCACUUUUUGACCUAGAAUAUGCCGAUGGCAUAGUUUUAUUUGGUGAAGACGCUGACAAAAUCCAGUCUUCUGAACACUAUAAGUAACAAUACAAGCAUGUUCGGGAUGCGAUUUCCCCUCCCCUCGAAAUGCAUCGACACCCAAACUAAUGAUAGGGAGUGAAGUAGUUGGGCGUGUCGACCGCUUCACUUAUCUUGGGAGUCUCAUCAGCCCCUGUGGUCUGGUGUGUGACGAGAUCUCAGCACGGAUACAGAAGGCUCGACUAGCUUUUGCCAACUUGCGUCAUUUAUGGCAUAGGCUAGAUAUCCGUCUACCAACCAAAGGACGUGUUUGCUGCGCAGCAGUCCGUUCCGUCCUACUUUAUGGCAGUGAAACGUGGUCGGUAAGAGUAGAGGAUAUUCGUAGGUUACUAGUAUUUGAUCAUAGGUGUCUUCGAAACAUUGCUCGUAUAUCCUGGGACCAUCGAGUAAGUAACGCAGUUGUUAGGAAACGGGUACUAGGUAAGGAUGGCAAACCGAUUGAUGAAGUGGUGAAACUUGAUCAGUUGAGAUGGCUCGGACAUGUGUUACGUAUGCCCAACGACCGACUUCCUCGACGUGUGGUGUUUCACGGUAUAGAAGUAAAUUGGAAGAAAGCUAGGGGUGGCCAGACCAAAACAUGCACAAAUCCAUGAAGUCACUGAUAAGUGGACUGAGUCACGUUGGCAGAUGUAGACUACCUGGCUGGGGACCGCGAGAUGAUAGCAACUGAUGGUUAGAGACCCUGAAUAACAAGGCUCAGAAUCGUUUGCAAUGGCGCAGGUGCAUUCACUCUUUGUGUUCUCCCAAAUUCUAAUCUCCUGAUUCUUCCUUGUCUCUUUUUUUCUCUUCCCAAAUUUAUUUCACUGGAUUAUACUCUUUAAAUAACAUCUUCAAACCCUAAUCUUUCCGAUUACUGCUUAUACUGUUACUACCUCUACCACUAUGGGAUUUGAAUCGACAAGUGUAUCUCUGUGCUAGUGUAGUGUGGCAACUCGAAUUGAUGUACGUACGUACGAAGUUCUACGUUGUUACUGACUGACUGAGUUAUUACAUAUGACAUGUCCAUCUUCCAACAAGAGACUACAUAAAUUAUGCAGGGGUUCACACCGCAUUACUUUAUUGGUGUUAAUCUUGUUCUACGAAAGUAGAAGACAUGAAUAGGCUGCAGUUUCCUUAUCAAAGAUAUUUUCUGAGCAAUACUUGGGUACUGUGAAACAAUUUUGCGAGAAGUACUGAGGUUAAAGUUAGGAAAAUAGCCGGAUAUAAUAAAUCAGUUUACUCGUCAUCAAUUUAACUUCAGAAAAUGAAGUUAUGCUCUUUACUCUACUGGAAUGUUUGGGGUACUAAAUAACUUUCAAGGUGUAAAGAAAAUCUCCAGCGAUUUUUAUUACCAAUCGCAGUAUUAAAAAUAUUCAAUCUCUCCUUGUCUCAUGUAUUUUGGGUUCUGAGUAUGAUGUUUGGAAAGUAUGUAGCUAACUCUGGGGUUUAUAUACAGGAGCGUACGUUGACAAAAUCAUCAGUCCCAAUCAAGUUUUCUUACUCAGGUCUU